CGUUCGUCGCCCCGGCGGGCUCAACAUCCAGCACCACAAGCUAUAUUAUUCUAUUACAAUCGAUCGUAAAACCUUAUACCGGCUCACCGAUGCCGACACUGCAUGCGGAAUUUGCUCAGACGCCUGCCAAAUGGUGCUGCUAACUCCUCGACGCCCAAGCAGGGAUUCCAGUCCGCAGUGAGACCCCGCCGGCCCACCGUCUUCAAGAAACUCCCGUCGACAUGGGUCAGCGCGCGCGGACUCGACCGUCCUAUCAACGAAUUUACCCGGCUCGUCCACCGUCAGACGCGUGACGAAGCAUGGUUUAUGGCGAACCGAGUCAUUCGCGCGAACAAGAUGCUGGCACGCCAUCGGGCGAUGCGGGACGCGAACGUGGAUUCGGCGGAAUGGUGGAGGUGGAAGGCGGUCGUGUUCACCAAGGAUAUGCAACACGCGUUGUCAGAGCUGUCGAGGAUGGGGAUUGAAGUGCAGGGAGACGUGAGCGCGGUCAUAGAGUGGGGACGUCGCCCGAUGCCUCAGUGGAAGAACCCGGUUCAGGACCCGCCUGCCUGGAUCGUCAUCCAUCUCCUCUCCACCAAAGUCCACACCCCCGAACACGCCCGACAAGCCUAUAGCCUCGCGGCCUACUGUAUCCCGUCGUUGUCUCCUUCAAUACGGCCCUCGCUCCUCGUGCUAGUGGCACACCACCUCGCCAGGUUUGGCCUCCUACCCCCUUUGCGGGCGCUCGUUACCUCCUUUCUCACAGAGACUAUAAGUCAGCCCACAUUCCACUUCAACUCCCUUCUUCGCGCUUUAUCGCGCUUACACGCGUCGCCCGCAUCCGCCAAGCUCUCCGUCACGAUCCUGGAAACGAUGACCUCGAGGAAGCUUCGUUUAUAUCCACACACAUACAACGCGUUGCUGUCGGACCGAUACCUGACGGUGGAGCUUACGAGGAUGCUCCGAGACAGGAUGAAGGCCGAAGGAACGGAGCCUAGCAGGAAGCACCUUGAGGCAUACCUGCGCGUCUUCGCCACCCACGGAGCUAUCCACGACGCAGAGCGGUUUCGGGAAGCGGUGCGACAGCUAGAUAAAGAUCGGCGAUCCAGGCGAAGGAGGCGAAGUCAUGCAGACGAAGAAGACCGGACGGUCAGACGUUCGGACACCAUGUACCUGCGCGCGCUCCAAAACGAUAAGGCGUCUGCGUUCCGAUACCUCCAUGACCUAGCGGCCAUAGAACAGCGCAACAGCGCGACGCUUUCUGCGAAAGCGACGGCACUCGCACGUCGUGCAGCCAAGUUCAAGAACCGCCCUCGAACCAACUCACCCCGGGUUCUCUCUAAGAACAAGCGCUCGCUCGACAUCUACGACUGGACCACGGCGCUGUACGUCGCCUCCUGCGAUAAGUCGACGCCUGGGCGCGAACUGCUCAGACUCUUCGACUUCGCGCAGACAAGGGGCGGGGUGUUCACCCCUACUGUCGCGACCUACACCACCCUCAUCAAGGGUCUCCUCGAGAGGCAGGAACUGGGCCCCGCGCUGGAGAUGUGGAGCCGGCUGCGCCAGUCCAAGCUUCGGCUCGACAAACACUCCAUUGCGGUUGGCGUGCAACUGCUGACGGAGUCCGGCCACUUGGCCCGCGCGUGGAGGCUGCUCGAAGCCGCGUUCACCGCCAACAACAAGCUCGUCAAUCUGACGACCGUCAACGGGUUUAUGCAGUCACUGUCGGCAGUCGGCCGCCCGGACGUGGUCUUCGCGUUGUGGGACCACAUGACCGCGCUCUUCGACCUCCGGCCGGAUGCCGUGACGCUGGACAUAUUGCUCGACGCGGCCCGGCGAGCGGCGCGGUUCGACGACACGAUCACGGGCGCGCUCGCGAAUUUGCAGCUCAAGAUGCCCUUCCGCCAACGGUCGGAGCUUCCGUUCGGACCCAAUUCUACGCGAAGCCAUUCGGUCGACGCGAUCGACGCGCUCUUCAAGGAUGGAGCGAAGGUGACAGGCCUUUGGAGGGACGUGCCUGCCUGGCAACGCGCGCGCCAGAUCUUCCGGCAGGUCGUGCUGGGCAAUUGGCCGAAGCUCAUGGCGGUUAGCCCGCCUGCGAUGCCCGUUCGACCUUCCGGAGAAUACUCGUCCCUGGGAAUACGCGAGAUCGCCAGCGCGUUCGUAGGUCCGUCGUCGGGCAAUGCGAAGGGGCCGACCGUGCGCCCGCCGUAUCUGCCCGCAAUGCAGCAUCUUGCGCUUCAAGGGCUUUACCCGUUGGGCGCAUAUCCCCACAUUUAUCCGACGGACAGGACCUUCCGAGCGUACAUACGCCUCAUGGGCGCGCGUGUCUACGCGGGCGACGGCGUGGAGUACGCGUCGGAGAUACCCCUAGCUUUGGCCUGGAUGAGGGAGAUGGAGGUGAAGUGUAGUAAGGAGACCCUGGCGCUCGUGACAGUGCUGUGGGCAGAGGUCGGGAUGAGGGCACCGCUCGUUGAAAACUGGCUGGCGAGGAAGGGCGGGCCGGGUGUGGAUGAGAGGAGCGAGUACGCAAAGCUGAUGGCUUGGAUGAAGGAGUGGGUGGGCCAGGAGGGGAUGCCGAGCGAGAGAGAUGUUGGGAAAUGGAUUGCGGUCUUGAGUCAAGGGAGCGAUUAG